AUGUCAAAUAGCUCAAACCAAGAUAACAACAAUAAUAAACCAGUAGACCAAUUGUCAGUGAUAAACAAUCACCCAGAUACCCCAUCCCAAAGUACACGAGGAUUCAGGUCAACACCAGCUUCAUUUGAUAUCGCCAUGCCAGCUCAAAUUCAAACCAACUUUGUUACUCCACACCUGGAGUUCCCACAUCAUUACAACCCUUCAUUAAAUCUUCAUUCGCAACAACUCCAAUUGCAUGGUAUGGGCUUAAUGCAACCACCUGAUGUUUCACAAAUGUCGAUCCAAAAUGCUUUCGGGAUUCAGCAAGCACUUGCACUGAAUGAAGUUUACAAUUCACAAAAUCAACUCACCACAAAUGUUUCAGAUGCUUAUGUCUACAGUAUGCAAUCAAAUUUACUUGGACAAGGAAGCGUAUCAUCUCACAAUCCAUCUUUCCCCACCACUGCCUCAGCGGACAAGGUUUCCGUUCAACAAUCAAAAGUAUAUGAGAAUCAUCCGCCUACGUUAAAUCGACCAGUACAUCUUCCUCAAUAUGCACCACCCAUUCAGUCCACAAUCCAAUAUCAACAAGCUCAGUCCCUACAGUCUUAUGAUCCUUCGUAUGUGUCCUCAACAUCAGUUGCUCCAAAAACAACCGACUCCACUGCCCUCUCAAAGAGCACCGAUGUGGCUUAUUCGACUAGCACCUCCUCCUCCAUACAAGAGACAACCAAUGAGCUUCCCUCGGAAUCUUCUUCUUCUUCAUCCCCCUUUGUACAACUACCAUCGCGUAGUGGCAAGAAACAACGCAAAUCCCUGUCAACACUGCAUGAAAUGACACCAGAAACAGCAUUACGCAAUCGAUGUCGUAUUUGCAACAAACAAUUUAAACGUCCUUCGUCACUUCAAACCCACUAUUAUUCUCACACAGGUGAGAAGAUAUUCAAGUGCCCUUGGCAAGGAUGUGGGAAAAUGUUUAGUGUCAAAUCAAAUAUGACGAGACACUACAGAUUACACGAGCGAGACUCUAGACGGGCACAAGAAGCUGACUUUCAGAGUAGGAACCCUGAACUUAUGAGGGCCUUGGGAUUGUCUUCAAAUUCGAGCACUGUGCGGCAAUACUUUCAACCAAUGCUACAUCAUAACACUCACCACCACCAAACCCAUCACCAACAACUCCAGCAACAACAACAGCCACAUCACCAGCACCAGCAACUAAUGCCACUGCAGUUUCAACAGCUGGAUCCAGUCACUAUUGGAUCAGCUCAAGCUCAACCGAGGGAUUUGAGUCAGCUUGAUGCAUUUCAUCGCCCGCUUUAUCAAUCGUACUCACCCUUGUCGUCGCAAGUCCCUUCAUUAAUGCAAUCCCAAUACAUGCUAACUCCUAUAGUGGUUGAUGGAAAUAUGCAAACUGAGCAGCUGAGAGUAUCAGAAGCACAACAAUCACCAGUACAAACAAUAAAUGCUAGAUUGCCGUGA